AUGUUUGCCACAUUAGCCGACAUUAGUCAAACGCUGCUGGCAACUACUGCCACAAUAGCAACAAAUGCGAACGUCAUUGACGCAUCUGUGUCAACUACUGAGGACUACACCACGCUAAACUCUAGCAUAACACCAACCUAUAACAUCGAACCUUCAGAUGAUUAUAUUCCGCCUUUUCAGCGUGCAGAAACUUACAUAAUCACAGCUCUAUUUGCUAUCAUCUUUAUUGUUGGUGUUUUGGGCAAUGGAACUUUGGUGAUAAUUUUCUUUCGACAUCGUUCCAUGCGUAACAUUCCAAAUACUUAUAUACUCUCAUUGGCAUUCGCUGAUCUCUUGGUUAUCAUUGUUUGUGUUCCUGUGGCCUCAAUUGUGUACACGCAAGAAAGUUGGCCAUUUGGUGCCGUUGUAUGCCGCCUUACUGAGUCAUUCAAGGAUAUAUCAAUAGGAGUGUCAGUUUUUACUUUGACAGCACUGUCAGGUGAACGUUACUGCGCCAUUGUAAAUCCGCUACGUAAACUGCAGACUAAACCACUUACAGUUUUUACUGCUGUUAUGAUUUGGCUCGUGGCUAUUUUGUUAGCCACACCAUCACUUGUUGUGUCGGAUGUACUGGACAUUGACAUAAACGAUAAGCGUAAUCUCACAAUAUAUGUUUGUUCACCAUUUGGCAAAAAUCGUACGAAUUUGGAUACAUAUUCAAGAUACACCGUAAUUAGUAAAGCGCUUAUUUAUUAUAUUUUCCCUCUAUCGAUUAUUGGCGCCCUUUACAUAUUGAUGGCUAGACGUUUACAUAUGAGCGCUAGGGAGAUGCCCGGUGAAAUGUUAGGAAUACAAAGCCGUUCACAAGCACGAGCAAGACGCCAUGUGGCGCGUAUGGUUGUCGCUUUUGUUGUUGUGUUUUUUGUCUGCUUCUUUCCAUACCAUCUAUUUGAAUUAUGGUUUCAUUUGAAUCCUACAGCUAAAGAUGACUUCGAUGAAUUCUGGCAUGCCAUACGAAUGAUAGGAUUUUGUGCAAGCUUUUUACACUCAUGCGUAAAUCCUGUAGCACUUUAUCUUAUAUCCGGCGUAUUUCGUCAGCAUUUUAAUUGUUAUCUUUGCUGUUUAUGUGUCAAACGUCAACCACGCAAACGUCAACAUUCCACGGCUACUGGCAUGAUGGACACCAGCAUCAUGUCAAUGCGUCGAUCAAAUACAGUAACCACAACUACAAACUAUAAUCGUGCAUCCUUACACUUGAAAAACAGCACAGCCAGCAAUACGAUUGCCAAUACAACAGCUGUUGGCAUGUCUGGCUGUUAUAGACAACCUUCAAUGCAAUUGCAUCACAAACCAACAGGCAAUGAUAAGGGUGGCUUAGAGGGAAAUGGUACUGGUAGUGGCAACGCCUCCUCUGCUCAGCAGAGCAUUAUUUUGAGCGACAAAAGGUGAGGAACAGUUACGAUGGUGCUGCAGGAAGAUGAGUUUCUUUAAUUUAUAUUGUCGGAUUGCGUAUUCAUAUGAUGAAUGCAAACAGCAAUAUUAAAUGUCCCUGGGUGUUUCAGUGUGUAGUGUUUGGUCUUUGUAUAUAUAAAAUAUGUGUGAUUUAUGUGGGUGUGGCAAGUGUUGUAAUGACACUUUAAUUGAUUUUUAUUAUGUAUUUGAAUUUAUUAAAUGUGAAUUUUAUGGGACAAUAGCAGCAUCGUCAAGAGGAACAACAGGAGCAUUACAAAGUCACUAGUCUCGUUUACAAAUAAACGGGCCGCAUUCAGUUGGAAAUUUCAACCGAAAUUUAAUUGUACAGUAAUUAAGUUGAAAGAAAAAAAGAAUUUAAUUUAAAUUAGUUGUAUCUAUUAGAUAUUCCACCGAAUUAUAAAUUAAUGCAAUUUCAAUGUAUCUCACGUUAGU